AUGGAAAUAAGGGAUAAGAGAGGUAAGAAUAAAUAUUGUGCUCAUCACCAAGACCAUGGGCAGAAUACAGAUUCUUGUCGUACGCUCGCAGCAGAAGUCCAAAAUAUGAUUGAAGAAGGAAAGUUACAGCAAUACGUGAAGAAGGAUCCAGCACGGGUCAACACACUAGAUCUACGACAGAUCAGAGUAAGCCACGCAAGAGUCAAUUCAGCUUCGAGAAAGGCUCAGGAGAAUGCUACACGAUUGAAGUUGCGUCAAAUUAAUGAUUGGAGAAUAUCGAACAAGGUCGACUAUGCCAAUCUGAUUGGUACAGAGACUUUAGAAGAUGGAAAAACUGAGAUAUAUUUUUCAGAAGCUGACCUUGCUGGAGUAUAUCAACCACGUAAUGAUGUCAUCGUGAUUUUAGCUCUCAUUGGGAUGUACAAGGUACAUCGAGUUCUAGUCGAUACUGGAAGUUCAAUUAGCAUCAUAUUCUCGGGAGCAUACUCUUCAAUGAGUCUGAAUGAGAGCCAAGUUGGCAGAUGA